CCGACCUUUUGACGGUGUGAGCGGCGAGCCACAAGACUUCCUCCCCACACUAUUACGGCCCUCUUAAUGAUGCGACAGUUGCGCGGCCUGGGUAUUCCGAGAAACUCAAGUUCAGUGACGCGAUUUACACUGCGUCUCCGAAGGAAGUCCGCUCCAUCGCUGGUUUGGGAGAAUAAGCAGAGGUCAUUGAAAAGGUGGGCGCUGCGUCUUAAUAACUUAUAAGUUCGCGAUUUAUCUACAACCUACCGGUACCUUAUUAUAAUUACAGGUCAACGCAGCGCUCCGAGUCUUGCGCCGAAGAGAGCCCAGCUGACUCGAGAGCAAACGAGCGCCUGCCAUGGAUUCGCCUAACCUCUCGAACAGCAUCUCGCUGCACCCGCAUCCUUUCAAAACGCAGUCGGACUCGGCGAGCCGCUUUGCCCGGCCCCAGUCACCCGCCGUGUCAAUGGCAAGGGAAGGCGCCAGUACCGCCGUCGAGGCCACAGACGGGGGCGACGACGCUGCAGUGCCCCGGCAUCAGGCCACCAUACCAGCGGGCGACGUCGAGAUGGAGAGUCAGCGGGCCGGCGGCUUCCCGCUUGUCGGCCCCGAGAAUGACCCGUACGGCCUGUCUCGGAGAUACAAGACAGCAUCGGAGCUUGCCGAGAUCAAGGCAAACACGUCCAGGAAACGCGAUGCCGCCCAGCAGCCCGCCGGUGCGGCCAACCCCCCGAAGCUGAUUCGAACCGGCAGCCUGUCGCGUUACAUCAAGCCGUUCGGGCGCUCUGCGACCACAGCACGCCGCCUCGAAGGCUUCUACCAGGCGCAGAACGAGACGAUUGAGCGGCUGCUGAAGAGCGUCGAGGAACACCGGGCCGAGGCGCGCCAGGAGCAUGGCGAGGACCACCUCAAGUUCAAGAUCGCCGUGUGGGGAUCUCUCGUGGCCAACAUUGUCCUGACGGCCCUCCAGCUCUACGCCGCCGUGUCGUCCGGCUCGCUCUCGCUCUUCACCACCAUGGCGGACGCCAUCUUCGACCCGCUCUCCAACGUCACGCUGAUCCUCACCAACCGCGCCGUCCGCCGCGUCGACCCCCGCCGGUUUCCCUCGGGCAAGGCCCGUCUCGAAACGGUCGGCAACAUCGUCUUCUGCUUUCUGAUGACGGCCGUCUCGCUGAUCAUCAUCGCCUUCGCGGCGCGCGAGCUUGCCGAGCACCGCGACGCCGAUGCGCUGAACCAGUUCCAUCUGCCUUCCAUCAUCUCGGUCUGCGCCGCAUUCGGCACCAAGCUGGCCCUCUUCCUGUACACGUGGUCCAUCAAGGACAAAUACUCGCAGGUGCGCAUCCUGUGGCAGGACCACCGCAACGACCUGCUCAUCAACGGGCUCGGUAUCCUCACCUCGGUCGGCGGCAGCAAGCUGGUCUGGUGGCUCGACCCGGCCGGCGCCAUCGUCCUGUCGGUCGUCAUCUCCGCGCUGUGGCUGCGCACCGCCUUCACCGAGUUCCUCCUGCUCGUCGGCGUCGUCGCCCCCGUCGAGAUCCAGCAGCUCAUCACGUAUGUGUGCCUGACCCACUCGCCGGCCAUCCGGCAGAUCGACACGGUGCGCGCGUACCACUCGGGCCCGCGGCUGAUUGCCGAGGUCGACGUGGUCAUGGACCCCGACGCCACGCUCAUGGAGACGCACGAUAUCGCCGAGGAGCUGCAGAUCAAGUUGGAGCAGCUGCCCGACGUGGAGAGGGCCUAUGUGCAUGUGGAUUAUGAGACGACGCAUAAACCGGAGCAUGGGUACAAGAAGGAUUUGUGAGCGGCGUCUGUGUUUGGGGGGGUUGGGGGGGAAGGCGUUGAUCACAGCUUUGACGUGUUGUCUGCUGCAUUGAAGUUGCAUUUCGCCGUCGGUUUGUAUGAUAAGUUAUAUGCGCCAGCUUCUUUGCACAUUUACU